AUGACGGCAAACCUCCGGCGCCGCCCGACGACGGAGGCAUCGAAGAAAGUGAAUUCGAGAACCGUCUGUCUCAGAUGAGGAUUAAGUACCGGAGCGGCACGGGGAAGAAAGCGGAGCAGCGGCGAGCGCGGAAAUCCGGCGGCGGCGGUGUUGGAGGUAAGAAGGGGAAGGGAGUUAUGCUACCGCCUGUCCCGCUAAGAGAAGCGGUGACGGUGAGCGGGGAGAAGGUGGAAGUAGGGUUUACGCCUUACAGUGAACGGAUUAAUGGGCGGAUUGCUGGGCUAGGGUUAGCGGCGGUGGUUUUGGUGGAGCUUGGGAGUGGGAAAGGGAUUUUUAGCUACCAUACGCCGCCGGUACUUCUUAUACAAAUCUAUACUAUUAUUGCCGUCAGUGCCCUGUUCAUCAAGUUUGAGAAGGAGAGGAUUAGUGUCUGGCCUGAGAAAUCGGAAUCUUCCUCGGCUUCUUCCGCCGGCUCCGGCGAUUGAACUAUUUCAUUUUUAUUUUUUUUAUUUGUUGUUUUGAUUUGAGAAAAUAUUAUCUUUCGUCUA